AGGGUUUCAUUCUUUAUGCGCCUGAUCGCAUAGAACUAAUCGCGCGCAGCCAAUCUUCAUUCCUCAAAUCUACCAAGUAUGUCCGUGCAGCAGGGAAACGGAGGCCAGGCUCUCUCGGGUGAAGAGGUUAUGAGUGAAGAUGAAGCGCGAAAACGUCGAGAGCAGUUGAACAGGCGACCAAGUUAUCGGAUGAUUCUGAAGGAUUUGGAGACUGCAGAUAAAGUACUGAAAAAGGAACCAGAUGAGACUCCUCCCUCUUCCGUUGAUGCUUCACCCCUUCAGGUCAACAUACCUCCACCCACGGGACGAUCUAGCGCAGCGAGUGGACCCAGUCCUUACGCGUCACCGCUCGCUGGUGGUCUCCUGCAAAGCGGAAAUCUUCCGCAUCCACUUCAUCUCAACGGAGAUCUCGGAUCCCUGCCGCCGGGCCUCGACUUUGCCGCCGCCAUAGCCGCAGCUGCGUCAUCCAGUCAGAACACGGCUGCGUUGUCAGCUGGAGCCGGUUCGUCCGGCAUCCCCAUGAACCACGACGGACAUGUUAUCAAACCUGUCGGUAGUAUGGAUCCCUCAUCUUUUACAGAUUGGCACUCCCCAUUGCUUUCCGGGUACAUUAGCUCCCCGUCCCCGACCAUGGCGGCUGGAUCGCGAGGUUCGAUGGGCGGAGGUAGUUGCGGUGGUGGAGGCGAAGAUGAAUCAACAAGAAAACGGCAAGUCCGAUUGCUGAAGAAUCGCGAGGCGGCAAAAGAAUGUCGUCGCAAAAAGAAGGAGUACGUGAAAUGCCUGGAAAGCAGGGUUGCGGUGCUGGAGAAUCAAAAUAAGGCAUUGAUAGAAGAGCUGAAGACGUUAAAAGAGCUCUACUGUCGGAAGGAAAAGGCGGAUAUGUAAAUCAGUGAGUCGUAUGGGGAAAGUAGUCAUUGAUCUAGUUGUAAUUAUACUGCAUAGUUGUCCUCUGCGAACAUCAGUCUCUCGUUUAUCCCUCAACUGAUUGCGCUAUACGGUUCUUUGUAUCCUACCCGAUGUGUUUUUCUGUGGUUGUAGUUCGGACCAUGUACGUUUUUUUGCUCUCAAUGCGGGGCUGUACUCGAUUCAAUCUAGUGUUUUUGUUGCUUAGGUCGUCUCAAUAGAUACUCGAGGAAAAGCUUCCUCAUUUUUUUGUGUUACUCCUCUUUUCACAGCUCUUUAGUCUCUUUGUUGUUCUGGGUUCUGCUUAGAUUUUCCUCAGAUGUCCUAACUUUGUAUACAACAUCCUUAUUCUAUCCCUACAAAUUCAUUGAGCACAGCUCGUUGUGAUAUUAAUCCCUUUUGCUAUGGUAUUGUACAAUUGUGAUGAAUUUUAAAGUUGGCGGAAGAAUUCAGGAAUUAGGAGGCAACGAAGGCCCCAGGAAAUGCCCAUCGUGGCGGUUCACCACAGGGUGGUGAGAUGCGCAGGUUCUUGCGCAAAGUCGCCCAUAGUGACGCGUAGUCGGAAGUCCUCAAUGAUCACAAAUCUGCCAUAUAUUGUAUUCUCAUUUUGCACCGUUCCUUCUUGUUAUGUGUAAUGAUAAAUUCUACGUUUGAGCACGUGCUCGCACUAGUCAGUUUUUUCAUGUUCGUCAAUUUUUUUCUUGCAAAAAAUCACUUGGUUUUUUGAUCAAGUAUUGGAGUACGCAAAUCCUUUCACAUAAACAUAUUUC